AUGUCGUCGUGCUGUGAUGUAAAUCAACUUGAGUGUGGCCUUCACUCGCUCCAACUGAGCCUGGCUAACGGUGCUGCGUCUACAGACAGGCCUCCAUACCAAAUCAGUGAUUGGAAUAUGAGUAUUGACGCCGUCUUGUCACAGGGCAUUGUCAGUCGACAAGACAAUCAAAAUGCUGCGGCACUCUCCGCUGAGGAGGGAAUUGCAAAACUUCUCAAUCGUACAAAUUAUACCAUUGCCAAGGAGAACGGACAACGUCGUUAUGGACCACCACCCAAUUGGACGGGUGAAAUACCACCACGAGGAUGUGAAGUUUUUGUGGGUAAAAUUCCUCGCGAUUGCUUUGAGGAUGAGUUAAUACCAAUCUUUGAGAAGAUUGGUCCCAUCUACAUGUUUCGCUUGAUGAUGGAAUUCAAUGGGCACAAUCGAGGUUAUGGCUUCUGUGUAUACACCACACGAGAUGAUGCCAAACGUGCAGUGGAUGAGCUAAACAACUACGAAAUUAGGAAAGGCAAAACUAUUGGAGUGUGCUUAAGUGUGGACAAUUGUCGUCUCUUUGUGGGUGGCAUUCCAAAGAAUAAAACAAAGGAGGAGAUACUUGUAGAGAUGCAAAAAGUUACCGAUGGUGUCAAAGACGUUAUUUGCUAUCCCAGUGUAGCUGAUAAGACCAAGAAUCGAGGAUUUGCAUUUGUGGAAUAUGAAAGCCACAAAGCAGCCGCUAUGGCCAGACGAAAACUUAUUCCUGGUCGAAUUCAACCCUGGGGCCAGCAGAUUGCUGUUGACUGGGCUGAACCAGAGCGGGAAGUUAAUGAGGAAAUAAUGAUGAAGGUUAAAAUUUUGUACGUCCGAAACCUGAUGCUUAGCACCACAGAGGACCAACUACGUGCCCACUUCUUGGAGGCUGCCGGAGCUGGAGAUCAGGCCAUUGAACGAGUAAAGAAAAUUAGUGACUAUGCUUUUAUUCACUUUAAAGAUCGUGAAGUGGCACAGAGGUGUCUGGAAAAACUAAACGGUACGACAAUUGAUGGUUCGACGGUGGAGGUAACAUGGGCUAAACCUGCAGACAAAGGCGAACCUGUUCGCUCCCAAAACGUCCGUUCAGGUAGACAGUUGAUGGACUGGAACCUAAACGGGGAAUUUACAAACACUGCCAACUAUUUUCUCGAUCCGACUACAGCCUUUUUGGCUGGAUUCAGUCCUCUCGUGCUUCCUGGAUCGGGAUGUACAAGAAGUAAUUCCGCCAGAACUGGCCGUCGAAAUGCGGCUGGAGGUAGAAGCGCUGCCGCCCAACGUGAAAGGAAGCAUCCAGUAGAGUUACAAUUUCUGGAGCUACCUUACCAAACUUCAGCAACACCAAUCCAAUCCAAUGGUGUACCAGGAGCUCAUUCCUUUGUGUGCAUAUGUGUGUGUGUGUGCCCUUGUGUGGGUGGAUGUCUUCAAAUCUCGUCCAUUCAACAGUUUAAAUUCAAACAUUUCCUAUUUUUUCCAUCCUUCUCACAGAUUAUGGAAGAAUUUUGCCAACGCAGUGGUUUGGAAUCUCCAAUUUAUUCAGCCCUUCCAGUGGAUAUUGUCGACUGUGCAACUGGUGGAAAGAUCCAACUUUUUAUCGGUCAGGUCAUUAUAUCCAGCCUACGAUUGCGGUACCUCACCCCGGGCUACUACAAUACAGCGGAAGAGGCUAAAGUAGGUGCAGCUGAGACAGCUGUCUACAAUCUUCACUACAGUCAACUUCAACUGGCCAUGGCUGAUUAUGCUAAUCAAGAUCAAAGUGGUGAAGAUAAUGAACAACACGUGUGUGGGGGGCUAGAGGCCUUUGAAAACAGUGGAGUAAUGCAAACUACAUCGGCAGACGUGACACCACACACUUGGUCUCAUUCUGGUUAUUCAAUAACCUUGUCUUGUAAUUGUUCUUAUUUAAUUAUAGUGAAUGGAACACUUCCACCGACAACUCCUACAGGUGGAAUUAUUCCAGGUGCCUCAACGACUUCCUUGCUUCCAAUGGUCUUUCCACAGGCAUUAUCAAAUAGAAGUCUCCCCUUCUCGCCCCUGCCAUGUCAGUCAGGUCUCUACGCUCCAUCGCCGGGCCCCUUGACCCCCAUUUUGCCCAUUUCUACAUAUGAUAGCAGUCUUCCACUUCAGAACCUCCCUAUACAAAACCAAAUCCUCGACUUUCAGUCUUCCCUAAUCUCCAAUCCUCUCUUGCCUUGUGGAAGUGUGAUUCCAGCUGGGACAUUGGUGGUGGAUCCAUCUGCUAUAAAUACACCUACUAGUAGCACUGCCCCUGCCACAUUUGGAGGCCUUCAGUCAUGUCCCACGACCAACAGUGAGACUCUGACAGAAUUGAAGCAGAAAUCACUAGUGAGUCAAAACAAUGGACACUGUGGUAGUGCAUCCGUAAACUUUCUUCCAUCACUGAUCCCGGGUCUGUCGACACCACCUCCGCCACCACCUUCACAGCCAGUAACCAAUGUUGCUGUUGCCGCGGCCGCUGCUGCAGCUGCUGCUGCAACUGCAGGGUCAUUGAAUUUCAGACUACCUGUAUCCCCUUCGGAUUCCAUCCUCAGCACCUCUCAGCUUAGCCUCAACGGACUUCCAGGUUCCACCACAGUGGCUGGUGCUACAAUGGCAACGCAGUCGUUGCUGAAUCCCCUUAACAGCACAGUUUCUUCGUGA